UCAAGGGAGAUAAUUCCUUUAUGAAGACUGUCAAAGGGAGGCAAAUGCAUUUAUACGUUUCAAGGUGCUCGACCUCCUCAAGAACUAGAAGGAUUAUUUUGCAACUGAUCAUAGAAUUAGACCAAUUUAUAUAGUGCCCUGUUCUUCCAGGUGUCAAGGGUUGGACUAUUUACAGUGAUAUGGUGGACUGAAAGCAUACACCAUUAAAAUGAUUUUCAGUAGAAUUAAACCUUCUCUUUUGAAGAGGACUCAUCAGUUAUUGUUAAACUGUAGAUCUGUAUCUACACUUUCAAACUUAGCUCAAGCAUUCAAUACCCGUCAAUCGCAGAAACUAAAUCUAAGUUUUACUCGGGAGGAUGUUGGUCUUUUCGGAAUCCCAGAAUUAACAGAUUAUGGGGGAUUUUACAUUCUUCAAGAAAAAGUUAACAGUGAAGUUGAUGCCCUUUUAAAAGAAAUUUUGAGUAAAGAUCGUAAACGUAAAAUAGUGGAGAUCUUCGAUGAACUGUCAGACUGUUUGUGCCGAGUUGCUGACAUGGCAGACUUUAUUCGUGUAGCCCAUCCAAAAGCUGAAUACGCAAGUACAGCGGAAGAGGCGUGUAUCAAUUUAUCAGGAGUUGUGGAAAGACUGAACACUAAUAUUGAAAUCCAUAAGGCUUUAAAAACAGUGAUUGAAAAUGGAGAUGUAGUAGCGACAGAUUCCCUGGAUCAAAGAGUUGCAGAACUUUUCAUCUUUGACUUUGAACAAAGUGGAAUUCAUCUUCCAGAGGAUAAGAGGGAAAAAUUUGUUAAACUAAAUGAGAACAUUCUCUUUCUUGGAAGCCAUUUUAUGCAAGGAAUUCACAAACCUGGAAGCAUUAAAAAAUCAAAAUUACCUGAAAAUCUUCGGAAUUGUUUUGGUUACGACGGUGAUAAUAUCACUGUUACUGGUUUGUAUUCUGAUCACUAUAGCGACACUGUACGAGAAGCUGCGUAUCGUAUAUUUCUACAAGAAGAUGAACACCAGGAGUCGCUACUGGAUGGUUUAUUGUCUGCACGUAAUCAGUUAGCUAAGUUGGUUGGCUUUCCCACAUAUGCUCAUAGAGCUAUACGUGGAACAAUGAUGGAGACCCCUGAAAAUGUGAUGCAAUUUUUAAGUACACUAGGAAGCAGGUUAAGUUCGAAAGUUGACUCUGAUUAUGCCCAAAUUCUUAAGCUAAAACAACGCCACGGUGGUCAGGGUAAGGGAAUAUAUGCCUGGGAUCCACCCUAUUAUACAGCUUUAGGACGACAGGAGUUCCUUAAUUUACAUUCACAGGACAUCGCUCCUUACUUCUCCCUCGGCGCCUGUAUGGAUGGGUUGAAUAACUUAUUUAACAAUUUAUAUGGUGUCUCCUUACAGCGUGUAGAUAUGGCGCCGGGAGAAGUUUGGACUAGUGAUGUACAUAAACUUGCUGUUGUUGACGAACAAAAUAACACACUUGGAUAUAUUUAUUGUGAUUUUUUCGAGAGAUCAAAUAAACCCAAUCAGGACUGUCAUUACACUAUACAGGGAGGUCGGCAGAAAUCCGACGGAAGUUAUCAGCUACCAAUGGUGGUCUUACAAUUAAACCUCCCUCUGCCUCAAAGUCGUGUGCCUUCAUUACUUACUCCAGGCAUGCUGGAAAAUCUCUUUCACGAAUUCGGCCACGCGAUGCACUCAAUGUUAGGUCGAACCAAAUACCAACAUGUCACUGGAACCAGAUGUUCAACAGAUUUUGCCGAAGUGCCAUCUGUCUUGAUGGAGUUUUUUGUAUCCGAUCCCAGAGUUUUGUCAACAUUUGCAAAACAUUAUAAAACUGGAGAGAGCCUUCCGUCAGGUGUUGCUGAGAAACUUUGUAAAUCUAAAUCCUUGUUUUCCGCGUCCGACAUGCAGCAACAAGUUCUUUAUUCCAUGCUGGAUCAAACUUACCAUGGCGAGUACCCACUAGGAAAAACAACCUCACAAGUCCUUGGUGAAUUACAAAAUACAUUUUACGGGGCUCCAUACGUUGAAGGAACGUCAUGGCAGCAUAAAUUUGGACAUUUGGUGGGAUAUGGGGCAAAAUAUUAUUCAUAUUUACUGUCAAGAGCUGUAGCUUCUAGUAUCUGGUAUAAAUGUUUCCACAAAGAUCCAUUUAAUCGAGCUAUGGGAGACAAGUACCGAUAUAAAAUGUUGGCUCAUGGUGGAGGGAAACAUCCCAGAGAACUGGUUGAAGAUAUGUUAAAUGAGAAACCGACAGUAGAAAAACUCGUUGAUUCUCUAAUUCACGAUAUAGAAAUUAAUCAGCAAUAAAUUUUUUUUAGUCUGAUUAGGUACCGUAAUGAAAAUAAAAGUCAAAAUAUUAUCAAGGGGAGGCAAGAUUUUUUCAGUUGAUAGGAUGACCUGGAAAUAAUGGUGUUAGCUUAUAAUACCUGACAAAAUGGUGACACUAUUGAACUUGUACCUGACAUUUUUAACAUGUGUUGGACAUGUAUUAAAAUUAUCAAUAAAAACACAGGCAGCACAGGGCUUGUCCGUGAUAAAGCCUGAAUUUGGGUCAGGCAAUGUUGGUGACAGGUAGUUGAUUUCCAAGCUUGUUUAUGAUCCACCCAGUACAUACGCUAACGUAAUAUCCUAAUAAGUGUACCCUAACUGACAGCUUUUCAUUGUAAUUUACCGAAAAAAGCCUACAAUUUUUUUAAUGGAAAUUAUCAAAUGAAUUAGAAAUUCAGUUUUGAACUAAGACUCUUUUUAUGUUUAUUUGUAUGAGUCUUGUUUUUCUGAAUGUUGGUUAUUUAAUUAUAUUUUUGUAAUUUUGUUAUUGUUUUUGUUUGUGUAAAUGUUGGUUUUUUAAUUAUACUUUGUAGUUUUGUGGCUAUUGUUUUGAUUUUGUUUGUGAUACAUGUAUAACAAACAUCUUUGUAUAGUGGUUGCAGUAAAUUUUAAAGGCUUUUAUCGCUUUGACAUUAAACCUCUAAAAUUCCUCUACAAAGAUUUAUUAUCUGUCCAUUCCAAACAUGUCAUUGGAAACAAGAAAUGUUCAAUUCAAGACAUCUUGAUAAAAGUGAAUGAGAUUUUAAGUUGCAAUAUUGGUUGAUUUGCUUUGAUUAACCAAGUUUGAGCUACAUAUAAAUAGGGUUUUUUUUGUUUUUUGAUUGGUAUGUAAAAUUAAUUUUAACAUUAAUUUGUUAUGUUUGUAAUCAAGAAUAAAUAUUUGAAUUUUA